UCAUACAGCCACCAUCAUUCUCAUCCUCCAACACAUUCCCUGUUCUGUCUCUUAAAACGUCUGCCAUGAUCAUCCAUAAACUUUCUUUGUGAAUUCCUAGUAAGUCGAGUGAUUCAACUUCUAUUAUUGAGAUUUAUUGGCCACAAGUGCAGCCUUAUGGGCCUGGAUUUGAUUCAUUGUGUUCAGUGGAGCUUGUGGUUGCCAGCUGCUGUUUUGGAAAAAUGUGCAGCAGAGGUAAGAAAGGGAGAGGAGAGGGAAUACUAUUCCUGAUUUCAUUAAAAGCUAAAGUGGCACAGCAGUCUAAGAAUGGAGUGUGUCACUCUAAAACAGAAAGACCGACUGUGCUGUGUAAGAAAGACUAAAAAGGCCACUGCCUGGCUAUAUAAAACCUAUCUGAGUACAACUGGAUUUAAAAGUAGAACAACAACAUUUAGUAGCAUAGCAGGUUAUGCAAUAUAACCUUGAAAGUGGCCUUCUAAGAUGGCCUAACUCUAUAUACUCACUCUUCUUAAUCCUCAAUGUACAAAUUAAGUGUCCUCGCGACUAAUGGCAUAAUAAUAAAACCUCUUCCUUUUCAGGGAGCAGAUUGUUGUUGUUCCUUUCAAAGUGUUUUAGUGCUGCCCUCUAGUGGGCAGUAACAUUAGAGCCCUCUGGAAAUUAAAAUUUAACUAGCAUAUUGUAAUCUAAGAUUGGACAAAUCUGUCAAAGAUAUAAGAAGAAGAAAAAAAUCCGCAGUAGCCAUUAUUAAACUCGCCUGUACCCGUGAAAAAUGCCCGCAUUAAUCACAACCACGAUUAACUUUAAAAUCUACGUGUACAUUAUAUCAGAAUAUGCUGAAAUAAUUUUUAUGCAUUGACUUCUAGUUUAGAAAAUGUGGGAGGAGCUUCGGUGAGAGCUUUCAACGAAAGUGAAACUAUAUAGAAUGGACAACGAACUUUAGACAAGAGAUAGUAAAUUUAGACAUUUAAAAAUACAGAUGUUUAGAGAUAUUCAUUCACAUAGGUAAUAUAAUAUGUAAUAUUUUUUUUCAAUGCUGUAAUGAGAGGACAGUAUAUAAUUUAUAAAGGAGACUGGUUCAGUGUGGCUGGGGAAAGUUAAGCAAAUUAGCCUAAAGAGCAAUGGCAGAAUCUUUACCAACACCACCGAAACAAAGAGAGGCCAGGAGAAAGAGUAUAGACAUACCUCCAUCCCUGACAUCUUCAAGUGGUCCUCUAAGUGAAGAACUUCAGUGUCCAGUGUGUCUGGAUCUAUUCACCAAUCCAGUCACCAUCCCAUGUGGACACAGCUUCUGUAAGAGCUGCCUGAACCAGUGCUGGGACAAGAGUGAGGACUGCUACUGUCCACUCUGUAAAGAAAAAUUCAGUAAAAGACCUGACCUCAAGAUCAACACAGCGCUCAGACAAGUCGUGCAGCUUUUUAAAGAAAAGUCUGGUGUGACAACAUCUGAAGUGCUCUGUGACAUCUGUGAUGAUAGAAAGCUGAAAGCCCUGAAGUCCUGCCUGAUGUGUCAGAGCUCUUACUGCGAGACUCAUCUGGAGCCACAUCACAGAGUCCCACGAUUAAAAAAACACAAACUGAUAAACGCUGUCGAAAAUCUGGAGGACUAUAUAUGCGAGCAACACGAGAGACCUCUGGAGCUGUUCUGUAGAGAUGAUCAGACAUGUGUGUGUCCGAUCUGCACUGUUACAGACCACAAGAACCACAACACUGUUCCUCUGGAGGAGGAGAGUGAGGAGAAGAAGACUCAAGUGAUGAAGAUGCAAGCAGAUGUGCAGCAGAUGAUCAAGGACAGAAUGAAGAAGAUUCAAGACAUCAAACACUCAGCAGAACUCAGAAAACAAAACAUGAAGAAAGAGACGGUGGACAGCAUUGAGCUCUUUACCACUCUGAUGCGCUCCAUUGAGAGAUGUCAGUCCGAGCUGCUGGAGAAGAUGGAGGAGAAGCAGAAAGCAGCAGAGGAACAGGAAGAAGUUCUCAUUGAAGAGCUGCAGCAGGAGAUCACUGAGCUCAAGAGGAGAGACAGUGAGCUGGAGCAGCUCUCACACGCUGAAGAUCACCUCCACCUCAUACAGAGUUACUCAUCCAUGUGCAGUCCUUUCAAUACUAAGCAGUGGCCUGAUAUCAGUGUUAACACUCCUGUGAGUCUGAACACCAUCAGAGCAGCUCUGACUCAGCUGCAGCAGACUCUAGAUGAGAAACUCAGUCAAACCGAGCUUGAGAGGAUGCGCUUACAUGCAGUUGAUGUGACUCUGGAUCCUGAUACAGCUAAUCCUGAACUCAUACUGUCUGAUGAUGGAAAACAAGUGAGCUUUGGAGACAUUAAGCGUGAUGUCCCAGACAACCCGGAGAGAUUUGAUUAUUGUAUCUUUGUAUUGGGGAAAGAGGGAUUCUCCUCAGGGAGAUGUUAUUUUGAGGUGCAGGUGAAGAAGAAGACUGAAUGGAAUUUAGGAGUGGCCAGAGAAUCUGUCGUAAGGAAAGGAGACAUUACACUGACACCACAGAAUGGAUACUGGGCUUUAUGGCUGAGGAAUGAGGAUGUAUACAAGGCACUUGAAGGUACCCCAGUUGUAUUCUCUCUGAGAGUGAAGCCCCAGAAGAUAGGAGUGUUUGUGGAUUAUGAGGAAGGUCUGGUCUCCUUUUAUGACGUGGAGUCAAGGUCUCAUAUUUACUCUUUCACUGGCCAGACCUUUAAUGGGAAACUCUAUCCAUAUUUUUGCCCAUUAGAAAACAAUGAUGGUAAAAACUCAGCCCCACUGAUCAUCUCACCUGUCAAUUACCAUGAAUGAAUGUGCACCCCAUAUAUGAAAAAACAAUAUCCAAAGGAAACUGUCUUAUUAUAUAUUUGAGAAAUAUCACAGGAGCAACCAUGAUGCUGGUCUGUCUGACAUUAUCUGUCUGUAGGCACGAGUGCCACCUGUAUCAAAACCAUGAUGAUAUUCAGACCAACAGCAUGACUGUGAGUGUGAUAUUACUUUUAUACAACAGUUCUGUAAACAAGAAGUUAAACGGAUAGUUCACCCAAAAAUAUGUGAACAGUUGACGGUAGCUAUUGAUUUCAGCAAUAUUUUUUUUUCCAUACUAUGGAAGUCAAUGGCUACCGUCAACUCUUUGGAUACCAACAUUCUUCAAAAUAUCUUCUUUUGUGUUCAGCAGAAGAAAGAAUCUCAUACAGGUUUGUAACAAGUGGAGGGUAGGUAAAUGAUGACAGAAUUAAAAUUUUUGUGUGAACUAUCCCUUUAAUAACAAGCAACUCAUGUUAAAAAAAGCAGGACUGAAUCGGAUGGAGGCUUACCCUCCCCCACUUAAAGUCUUCUGUUAUUACUCCAGCUCCACUCCUUUUCAAAUUUCCUCACUAUUCAGAGAGUUUCAAGCAAUCUUAGAGAAAGAAUGGCCAAACGGCUCUGCUUCUCUUCACCAGAGAAAACACUGACACUUCAUCAUUAAAAAAAAAACAAUGUGGAGUAACAUAAACACUGAAAUAUCCCAGAGCCGUUAUUAAUAAUAAUGUUUCUUUUUACCCAUCUUUGCACGUGAAAGUGAAACUGCAUGUUAAAUGUUGCAACUAUGUUGAUUACAUGAAAUGAAAUGACACUAUCUGAAUAAAGACCUCAAUAAAGUGAAACAAUGUCUGGUUUGCAGAACUGCAGAACACACUGAUAAUAUUUCAUCUUCCAUACUGUGCAUCUAUUCCGUGAAUUACACCUGUGUUAGUUUGUAUUGACAUGAUCAGUAUGCACACAAAUGAAUCCUGCAUAAUUACCAAAAUCACAAAUGCAAUUUCUUUAUUAAAACAGGGUCAGUGAGCUUAGCUACACUUCUACUUCAAAGACGGUACAAAAAUUGCCAUGAUUUUCAACACUUUGUCAAUUACAAAUCUGUACACAAUACAUAAUAAAAGCAAUGAAAAAUAAUUAUCAUUUUGCUAUGGCCAGUACAGAAUAAAAAUCAAGCAUGAAGUUAUUAUAUAAAAA